AUGAAGUUCCUCACGUCGAUUCUUGGAUCCGAUAAAGACCGCGCCGCCAAGAAGCGCCGAAGCCUAGAAGUGAACCUGCAUCGUCUCGAAGAGAAGGCGUUCCUUCUGGAAAUGGAACUCGAGGAGACUCGUCGACAGAAAGAAAAAGUGAUCAAAGAGCUGCGAAACGGCGUACCGGUGCGCCACGUGUCAACAGUGAGCGUAUCGUCGACUGACUACUCGUUCAACACCGAUAGUUCGAAUAUCACCGAUCGCCAUGUCGGCCUGCCAUUUGACACAAGCACGCCAAAAGAGAUUCCAAAGUUGCAAAAGCCAUUACAGCCAUCCAUCGACUCAAAAUCGUCGCCACCAUUCGACGAGGAAGAAGAGGAGCGUCUGAAAUGGUUCACCGAUCGUCAGAAUAUGGAAAACGCGGCGUCGACGUCUGCCGGAAGCAGCUCCGAGAAGAGCUACAUUGAAAAAUACUAA